AUGUCCUGCCGUAUGCCCCUGUGCUAUCACGUCCGCCCGGACGGGACCAGAGCCAAGCUCGACCACGAGAAGGAUACCGUCCCGGGCACGGCCUUCUACUUCUGCUCUAUCCAUCGCGUCUACCACUGCAUCGUGCCCAAAAGCCACCGCCGCGUCCAGCAGCCAGACUGCGGCGAGUGCGCCUGGCUCUUGUUUGCCUUCCCGAAAGAAGCGGCAAAGUACCCCGAUUCUGACAUCCCUGUCAUCGCUGCCGGCCAGACCAUUCUCCCGACAGAAACUUCAGCAUUUGGGUAUACGACUGGCUACGAGAAUGGCUUUAGAAACGGAGUCCUACUACGAGAUAUACUUGAAACCAUGAACCGAGAGCUCAGGAAGUGCUGCGGGAUAAGCGGUGACAGCCUCACCGGCAUCACCAACAGAAAAAGCGAUUGGGAGGAACCUACGCGGGCCAAUCUAGCCAGAUACGAGGCUCCCAUGAGCUGUGAUGAUGAGUAG